ACUAUCACAACAAAUAAUUGAACAACGCAUAUUUAAAUAUUUUAAACGCUAACCAUCCAAUACAAGUAACAGUUCGAGUCUAAACGCGUGUAACAGACGUUAUUCAGACAUCAAAUGAUGGCUUUAAAAUCAAAUAAAAUGUACUUACCUUUAUUUUUAAUAUUAAUUUACACGUUUGCUAGUUCGUGGAUACCAGCACCCGUCGAAGGUGCGAGAAUAUUAGCCGUGGAGACGGUUGGAGGUAAAAGCCACUGGAACUUUAUGAGCGCAAUUCUUCGGGCGCUGGUGGACAACGGACACAAUGUCACCGUGUUCACACCGUUUACCGACGGAAACCGUGAAAACUAUACAGAAGUGUCCACGUCUACUGAAACUAUGAAAUUUCUGGACGGAGAACUUGAAGAUUUGAUGGAUAAAUACGGUGACCCGAUUAAAAUUAUGCGUCAGGUGUCAGAGAUGAGUAGAACUUUCUGCGACGUAGUUUAUCAAAAUACCAAAAUGAUAGAAGUGUUUGCCAAUAGACGUUCCGAUUUCGACGUGGUUCUAAUUGAACCAUUAUUCUCGGAAUGCGUGUCAUACGCCGCCGUCAAGUUGAACUUGCCACUCAUAUAUGUCCUACCAAUACCAACAAUGGGUAUAAUGGAACGUGGAUUUACGGGGCACAUGUCCAACCCCGCUGUAGUUGCCAAUAACCUGGCGAGUUUUGGUUUUCCAAAAACAUUUGCCCAGAGAUCAGCCAAUAUUGCUAUUUCCAUUUACGCCACAAUCUUAACCAAAGUAAAAGAACGGAUUCUGAUGUACAAAGAACCGAGAGAGUAUGAUUUGUAUGCACCAAUCCCACCAUCUUUGGUAUUUGUAAAUAGACAUUUCACAGUCGAACCUGCAAGUUCAAUCCCGUCAAAUGUUGUUGAAAUUGGUGGAAUUCAUUUGAAACCAGCAAAGAAGUUGCCAAAAGAUAUAUUAGAAUUCAUCGAACAAUCACCACAUGGUGUUGUUUAUUUCACUUUUGGUUCAACUGUUAGAAUGACUUCAUUACCCAAACACAUACAAAAAGCAUUUAUAGAUGCACUUGCACAAAUCCCUCAAAGAGUGUUAUGGAAAUACGAAGAUGAAAUUGAAAAUAUACCAAAAAAUUUUAUGAUUAAAAAGUGGCUACCUCAACGUGAAAUUCUUUUGCACCCUAAUGUGAAACUCUUUAUCAGUCACGGAGGUUUAUCUGGGUUAUAUGAAGCAAUAGAUGGCGGUGUCCCCAUUCUUGGUUUUCCUUUAUUUGGUGAUCAGCCAAAAAAUAUUGACAAUAUAGUCAUUACAGGAAUGGCUAUUUCUAUGGAUAUUUUGUCCAUAACAAAGGAUGUGUUCUUAAAUAAUGUUUUAGAACUGCUCAACAAUAAAAAGUACAUGGAAAAUGCUAAAACUGCGUCGAAAAUAUUCAAAGAUCGGCCUAUAUCACAAGCAAAUCUAGUUGUGUACUGGACAGAGUAUGUUAUACGUCAUAAAGGAGCUCCCCAUUUGACAUCUCACGCAAUUAACCUAUCGUGGUAUCAAUACUAUCUUUUGGAUCUCAUUGCUUUAAUAUUAGUUUUUAUUACUGUUGUGUUUUUUGUUUCCUACAGAAUUUUUAAAUCUAUUUCUGGAUACUUUUCAAAUUAUUUUAGAAAUACUAAAUCGAAAUCUGAAUAGUUUAUAAUACUAGUAUAAUAUUAUAAGGUAUUUCUAAUUUCUAUACCGAAUACCUAUAUAUUAUAUGGUGCAACUGUGCAAAGGGCAUUUAAUUUUUCUUCAAAAUAAAAUCACAGAUUACCAAUUUUUAACAACGUUUUCCCUGAUUUGUAUACAUUUAAAUGACCAUUCGUUAUUAUUUAUUAUCAAUGUUUUAAUAUUAAGUGUUGAAUAGUUGACUAAUAAACCAUUAUGUAUAUUAUUUAAGGUUGUAAUGAAUUAUUUUUUUUAAACAUUUAAUUUUUAGCAAAUAUAGCGUUUUGUAUUACA